ACACAGAGAACCAGGACGCCCUGCUGUCACGCAACAGCUCCCAGCUGGAGGGGGGGGAGGCGGCGCAGCAGAGGAGGGAGGAGGCGUCAGAGAGGAGCUGGCAGGCGGACUCGGUGGACAGCGGCUGCAGCAACAGCACCGCUUUCACCCCCCCCACUGAGGGGCCGUGUGCAGAGGGCGUCACCAGCAGGGGGCCGAGCGGCAAAGUGAAGGUGGAGAAGGGCACCAUGACGGAGGCUCUGAUCCCCGAUCCGGUGAGGGUCCGGUCCAAAGAGAGGGGGGGCCGCUGGGGCCACGCCUCCCCCUUCAUGAGGGGCAGCACCAUCGUCCGGUCGCAGACCUUCUCCCCCGGGGCCCGGAGCCAGUACGUCUGCAGGUUGUAUCGCAGCGACAGCGACAGCUCCACUCUACCAAAGAAAACUCCGUUUGUCAGGAACACUCUGGAGAGGAGAACGCUGAGAUACAAGCAGGUACAUUCUGCUCUUUCUCUGGAGGGGGGGGUCUGA